AUACCGCGAGGAAACCGCGUGGAAGGUUUCGACUCUCUCUAUAUAUAUCUCUAGCAAAUCUCUCAAUCGGGAAGGAAGAAAAUCGGAAAAGUGUUUUUAUUUUGAGUUUUGUUUCUCUCUCUCUCAAUUCAAAUUUAAUCUAUUUGAUUCUUCGUGAAGCUUUUAUGCCCAUGGCGAAGACGUCGGUUUCAAAUCCAAGCUCCCCAAAUCCUGGAGGAGCCUUGGGCUCCAUGGACGAGGUUAUCAUGGUCUUCAAGAAGUUUGAUAAGAACGGCGAUGGCAAGAUUUCCAUUAAGGAGCUCGCUGCUGCCCUUGGGGAACUUGGCGGCAAGAUCUCCGACGAUGAGAUCCGCCGCAUUAUGUCGGAGAUUGACAAGGACGGAAAUGGAUUCAUCGACCUAGAUGAGUUCGCCGAGUUUCAUCAGAACUUCUCUUCUACUGGCGGAGGUAGCAAAGAUCUGCAAGACGCUUUUGAUCUGUUCGACGUCGAUAAGAACGGCCUAAUCUCGGCCAAGGAGUUGCACUCUGUUCUCAAGCGCCUCGGUGAAAAAUGUAGCCUCAAAGAUUGUUGCCGGAUGAUCAGUUCCGUCGAUGUUGACGGUGACGGCCAUGUAAAUUUCGAGGAGUUCAAGAAGAUGAUGACUCGCUCAUAGUCGUCUUCGUCGGUAGAGGUAGUUUCAGAAUGGAAUCAAAAUAGUUUAGAAUUUUGAAACAAAAUUUGGUACUCUCAGUCUCUUUUUAGUGUACAGUAUGUGAUUCUAUAUCUAUCUGGCUUAUCUUGAUCAUCCUCUUGCCAUCUGUAACCGAUUAGGGUACCAAAAAACAAAUGAUCCGAUUCUAGAUCUUAGUCAGAGAUCCUCUACUUAUUAAAAAAAAAAAUUAUCAGUUCAUAUCUGUCUCUGAUUGAUUGAGAUGCUCUGUUUCUGAUAAGUAUGAAUUCAAAGUUCUCGCAGUAAUUUUUAGAUUCGGAAAUUUGAUGAAGCUAUUGAAAAAU